AAUGACAGCUGUCAUGAGACUGUUUUUGAUUGCUUUGAUAUUGCUGUCGUGUAUUUUCUAAAGUUUGAUAACAAAUUUACCUGUGAUUACAUCAACCGUUAAAACUUACGUGUGACUGAAUUUCAUAUUACGUCAACAACAGUAUUAAUAUUGUACAUAAGUGUACUCUACUUUAGAAAAAAAUGGCAGACAUUGGGGAGAAAUACAAUACCAAAUGCCCAGGAGUAAAACGUCUCAUGAGGGAGGCCAUGGAAUUGGCAGACGCUACUGAAGAAUAUUGUGCGCGUCCACUAGAAGACAAUCUGUUCGAAUGGCACUUCACCGUCCAAGGACCCAAAGGUACUGAUUUUGAAGGUGGUAUAUACCAUGGUAGGAUAUUGUUGCCCAAAGAAUAUCCUAUGCACCCACCUCAUAUAAUCUUAUUGACACCUAACGGUCGUUUUGAAGUUAACAAAAAGAUUUGUUUAUCUAUUUCUGGUCAUCAUCCUGAGACCUGGCAACCAUCAUGGUCGAUUAGAACUGCGCUGCUAGCACUAAUCGCUUUUAUGCCAACUCCAGCUGAAGGGACUAUUGGAUCGUUAGACUACACUCCAGGUGAACGUAAAUUAUUGGCAAAGAAAUCAACUAGCUGGGCAUGCCCACAGUGUGGUGAAAUAGCAAAUUUACUUUCAUCCACUGCAGCUAAGCCUAUGACAGAGGAAGAAAAAUCAGUAUUGAAUCAAAUUGCUUUCAAAGGAGAAGAAGAGCAGGUCCCUAAACCUCCUGAAGAACCUCUGCAAGAGGCAGAACCCCAAGUGUUGGAAUCAGUGGAGAUCACAAACUUUUUGGACAAAGUAACAGAAAUAUUGAUAGCUCUUUUGCUAGGAGCCAUAUGUAUAUUUGUGUACAGGCGUUGGAAUGCUCACUAUCCCACAGAAGCUGAACUUUAAUGACUUUUAUUAAAUAAUAAUAAGAAUACUUAAGUUUUUGUUGUGACAUUAUAAGGAAAUCGCUGUAACCAGCUUUCUUACAGAUUUAACAUCAACUGUACAACUGUAUAAAGUUGAUUUUUGAAAUAAGUAAAUAGUUACAACUAUUGAAUAUAAUUUAUCAUUUUUCUUCUUGCUAAUUUAAAACUUGUGCCUUAAGAAUAUUAAUAAGUUAAGGCCAAUACUGUUUGUAAAAGGACUAUUAUUUUCACAAAUGCUUGUCAUAUUUUUUUAUGAUGAAUGAUUUUUAUUAUGAGCAUCACAUUAAUAUUUAUGUGUUCUUGUGAAAUAAUAUGUAAACAUGUUAACUAUAUUUUUACCUAAAUUUAUGCCAUAGGUGUAGCUUUAAUAUGUGUGUUAGUGCAGUUCAAUUCUGGAAUCUGGUUAAAUAAUUAAGAUGAGAUUAUUGGGGCACUGGUUAGUCACUCAACUCUUCAAUAAUGUACAAACAUUAUUGAACUUACAUGGUCAACCAUUUAGGAUAAAAGUAAUAUAAGAGAGGCUAUAAAUUCUUCUGUGCAGGUUGCCACAUGUUGGGCUGAAUACAACUUUUUUUGACUGUAAUGAAUGCAAAAUUUCACUAUUUAUCUUAAUUAGUCAUUUGUAGCAGAUUUCAGUUUUGACCAAAAGAUAUGCACAGUGUUGCAAUGCCCUAUAUAUGUAGACAAAUCAAAACUUACUUUUUGAUUAUACAAAUUAAUUGGCAAAAUAUAUAAUUAUUUAGCUUCCUUGGCUAUCAGUUUUGUUGUUUUAAUUAAAAAAAAUAUAUAAAGGAAAAGCCAAAGAAAGUUUCUGUGAUGUUUGAGACGAUCUCAUCAGUCUUUAUUUAAUGUAAUGCAACACUCUGUAUAUCAUAUUGUAACAUUCCAAAUUAACAUUUGUUUUAUUAUAAAUGAUUUGUAAAUCAUAACUUAAAAUUUAUAGUAGCAAUAAGAGUGUUUAAUGUAUUUGUAAAUUUUAAAGUAAUAUUUUUAUUGUAAUGCUUUGAAUUAUGAUUUGCAUCGUUUAUGUUUAGUCCAAAUAAAUUUGUAAAAUUCAUGUAAA